AUGUCCCUAACCACCCUCCCCACCGAACUCACCAUCCAAAUAACCACCCUCCUCCCCUCCCUCUCCUCCCUCAACGCCCUCGUCCGCACCAGCCGACACCUCCACCGCACCCUCACCCCCCUCCUCUACCUCCGCGACGUACACACCGGCGCCGCCCUCGCCCACGCCGCCCGGCACGACAUCCCCGCCGUCUUCGCCCACGCCGCCGCCGCGGGCGCCGUCCUCGGCGACUGCGCCCUGCCGCUCCUCCUCGAGGCCGUGGCCGGGGGAGGGUGUCGGCGCCUCGGCGUCGUCCGCUUCCUGCUGGGCGAGGGCUGUCCCGUGGACGCGCGCGCUGGCGACGGGAGGACGGCGCUGCACGAGGCCGUUUUGAAUCUGGACGUCGCCGCCGUCGAGGCCCUGCUGGCGGCCGGCGCGGAUCCCGCGGCUGUUACAAAGUACGGGAAUCAGCCGCUGCACCUCGUCCAGGAAGACGGCGCGGACGAGAUUGUGGGCGCGCUGGAGCGUCACGGCGCCGACUUGGCCGCCGUCGACGCCGAGAGAUGGUCUGCCGUGGCGGUGGCCGUCUACAAUUCACGACUCGCCGUGGUCAAGGCACUGAUAGAUCACGGAGCCGACGUCGCAGACAGGAGCUCUUCAUUAUCGUUGCUAUCCUUGGCUGCCGACAACUGCGAUAUUCCCAUGCUGUCCCUGCUGCGCAGCUACAGCGUCAAGCUGGGCGCCGCCGAAGUUUCCAAGCCCCCCAACACCCUGCGCGCCUGGCGCCCUCCGCGGCUCUCUCAGGGCCGGCGAGCCUCUUCUCGCGCAGACUGCGCCAAUUCCGACGUAAAAGACCGUCAUGGGUAUUUAGCAGCUGGCCGUUCAUGA